AAUUCAUCUCUUUGCAUACAUGAUACACAUUUACAACCAUUUCUCUCGGUCCUCUUCUCCACUUGGUCGCCCAAGUUUGUGUUCUCCUUCCUAAUUAAAUUUUCAAUUUUAGAAAAUCAGGCGGCGGGAUUCGUUGGCUCUUGAGGACGGCCAUGUAAUGGGGAGUCAAAGUCUGAGGCCAGCCCAUGUAGUUCCUUCUUUUUCUCUCUUUUCACCACUCCCUCUUUACCUCUCACUUCUAUCUCUUUCUAUCUUUUUCACACAUCUCCCUAAAGCUCACACAUAUUGAAAUGCAUAAUCUCUCAUUUCUACCACCUAUCACCGAGCACUGGAAAACGGUGCACGGUAUCAAAAGUAACCGCAGCCGUGAUUUCUGUAAACACUGCGAAAAUUACAAGCACGGGUCCACCUGUGCAAGUUUAUGGACCCGUGUCCGUUCAAGGCGGGUGGCUUUCUCCUCUUUACUCGCACCACUCCACCUCAGUACCCAUACACUCUUCUUCCUCAUGGAUCUGAGUAAAUGGAGUGUUACUAAAUUGAUUCAACUAGGAAUCCCUCUAGAGCAGAAGCUGGGGGAAUCGUUCCAAGCUAAAGUAUUUGGUCGGAUGUUGAGUACAGAUGUCCGUCUGGCAUCCACCCUCACCUUCAUACGAGUAGGGGACUUGCAUGAGGCGGAAUGCUUUAAAGUCCUCAUGAAUGAAAAUGCCGACUGGAAGGGCACCGUGUAUAUGCCUAGAGGCGUUGACCAGGAUGUGAUGGAUAUUGUUAGCAAGGUGCUUGAGCAUCACACUGACAAUAUCACAAUUGUGUCCGAUUAAGGUAUAAUUGAUUUUCUUGGUAUUUAUAUUUGCCUAUAUUGUGUUCUCAUUUCCUCUUUUUCUCGGUUCGGUUAAUACAGGGACAUGGAAGAGGGAAGGCUCUAUGCAUCCCCUCGGCAGUAGUAAUAAUGACUGAAACUAGGUUAUUAUGGAUCUGUAGCUCUCCUAGAUUCUAACCUUACUUCUCUCAUCUUUCCGUUUGGAUUCUCCACUUUGUGUGUUUUCCUACUUUGUCUCUAUGCAGUGUUUUCUAGUAAUA